CCGCUGUGGGGCGCCCCCCCCCUCCGCGCCUGCGCAGUGCCCCGCGGGAGGCGGGGCUCAGAUUCCUGUCAGCGGCGGCGGCGGCGGCGGUGGCGGCAGCGACCGUCAGUUUUCGCUGAGGAGAAGCACGAAACGGACCCGUUGGCUCUCCCCCUCCCUUUCCCCGCCCUGAACCCCCCUCCUGGCUCGCCGAGAAUUAGUCCCCGUGGAGUUUCCCCUCCACCCCGCCGCCGUUUCCUCGGUCCUCGGCUCGGUGGAAGUCACUACCCUCGAGGAGGAGGCAGCGGCAGCCGCCCUCGCCUGCCGCCCCCGGUUCGGUGCCCGCGGUCCCGGAGAGGAGGUGCCGCCGCCACCGCCGCUCCCCCCCUCCCGCUGCCCUCGGGCCGGGCUGGGUCGAGCUGCGAUGCCCUCGGACUUCAUCUCAUUGCUCAGCGCGGACCUAGACCUGGAGUCACCCAAGUCUCUCUACUCGCGAGAUUCUCUGAAGUUACACCCAUCACAGAAUUUUCAUAGAGCUGGACUAUUGGAAGAAUCUGUCUAUGAUCUUCUCCCAAAGGAGUUACAGUUACCUCCAUCUAGAGAACCAUCUGUAGCAUCAAUGAGUCAGACAAGUGGUGGUGAGGCAGGCUCGCCUCCUCCAGCUGUAGUUGCUGCUGAUGCUUCUUCAGCUCCCUCCUCUUCCUCCAUGGGCGGUGCUUGCAGCUCCUUUACCACCUCUUCCAGCCCUACCAUUUAUUCUACCUCAGUCACCGACAGCAAGGCUAUGCAAGUGGAGAGCUGCUCCUCAGCCUUGGGGGUAAGUAACCGAGGGGUAAGUGAAAAGCAGUUAACCAGUAACACAGUUCAGCAGCAUCCAUCAACACCGAAGAGGCACACAGUCUUGUACAUCUCACCACCACCUGAGGACUUGCUGGAUAACAGUCGGAUGUCCUGCCAGGAUGAGGGGUGUGGAUUGGAAUCUGAGCAGAGCUGCAGUAUGUGGAUGGAGGAUUCCCCCUCCAACUUCAGUAACAUGAGCACCAGUUCCUACAAUGAUAACACUGAGGUACCUCGUAAAUCACGAAAACGAAAUCCAAAGCAGAGGCCGGGGGUCAAACGACGAGAUUGUGAAGAAUCUAAUAUGGAUAUAUUUGAUGCCGACAGUGCCAAAGCACCUCACUAUGUGCUUUCUCAGCUUACCACGGACAACAAAGGCAACUCAAAAGCAGGAAAUGGAACAUUGGAAAACCAAAAAGGAACAGGAGUAAAGAAGAGCCCUAUGUUGUGCGGACAGUAUCCUGUUAAAAGUGAGGGAAAGGAGCUGAAGAUAGUUGUACAACCUGAGACCCAGCACAGAGCUCGGUACCUAACUGAGGGUAGUCGUGGCUCAGUAAAGGACAGAACACAGCAAGGCUUUCCUACAGUAAAGCUGGAAGGCCAUAAUGAGCCGGUAGUGUUGCAGGUGUUUGUGGGCAAUGACUCUGGUCGAGUGAAACCACAUGGAUUUUAUCAGGCCUGCAGGGUAACUGGGCGAAAUACAACUCCCUGCAAAGAAGUGGACAUUGAAGGCACUACUGUUAUAGAAGUCGGCCUUGAUCCGAGCAACAAUAUGACACUAGCGGUGGACUGCGUAGGGAUAUUGAAAUUGAGGAAUGCUGAUGUUGAAGCCAGAAUAGGAAUUGCUGGUUCCAAGAAAAAAAGCACUCGUGCCAGAUUGGUUUUUCGAGUUAAUAUCACAAGGAAAGAUGGCUCCACUUUGACACUGCAAACACCCUCUUCUCCGAUUUUAUGUACUCAGCCAGCAGGAGUGCCAGAAAUCUUAAAGAAGAGCUUACAUAGCUGUUCAGUGAAAGGAGAGGAAGAAGUAUUUUUAAUCGGCAAGAACUUUCUGAAAGGAACUAAAGUUAUUUUCCAAGAAAAUGUUUCUGAUGAAAACUCUUGGAAGUCGGAAGCUGAAAUCGACAUGGAAUUAUUUCAUCAGAAUCAUCUUAUUGUGAAGGUUCCCCCAUAUCAUGACCAACAUAUAACUUUGCCAGUAUCAGUCGGAAUAUACGUAGUGACCAAUGCUGGAAGAUCUCAUGAUGUUCAGCCAUUCACUUACACUCCAGACCCAGCAGCAGCUGCUGCUUUGAAUGUAAACGUGAAGAAGGAAAUAUCUAGUCCGGCAAGACCUUGCUCUUUCGAAGAGGCCAUGAAAGCAAUGAAAACUGCUGGAUGUAACUUAGAUAAGGUAAAUAUUCUUCCUAAUGCUCUGAUCACUCCACUCAUAUCAAGCAGUGUGAUUAAGAGUGAAGAUGUUACUCCAAUGGAAGUAACAGCAGAGAAAAGAUCUUCCCCUAUUUUUAAGACUACAAAGACAGUUGGAUCCACUCAACAAACAUUAGAAAAUAUCUCUAACAUAGCAGGAAAUGGGUCUUUUUCAUCAUCAUCAUCAUCUUCCCACUUACCUUCUGAAAACGAAAAGCAACAACAGAUUCAGCCCAAGGCAUACAACCCAGAGACCCUGACAACUAUCCAAACACAGGACAUUUCACAGCCUGGUACCUUUCCAGCAGUUUCUGCUUCUAGUCAGCUGCCCAACAGUGAUGCACUACUGCAGCAGGCUACACAGUUUCAGACAAGAGAAACUCAGUCUAGAGAGGUAUUACAGUCAGAUGGUACAGUGGUUAAUUUGUCACACCUGACUGAGGCAUCACAGCAACAGCAGCAGUCACCACUACAAGAACAAGCACAGACUUUACAGCAGCAGAUUUCAUCAAAUAUGUUCCCAUCACCAAAUAGUGUGAGUCAGCAGCUACAGAAUACAAUUCAACAGCUGCAGGCAGGAAGUUUUACAGGCAGUACUACUAGUGGCAGCAAUGGAAAUGUUGACUUGGUCCAACAAGUUUUAGAGGCACAACAACAGUUAUCUUCAGUUUUAUUUUCUGCUCCAGAUGGUAAUGAGAAUGUUCAAGAACAGCUUAGUGCAGACAUUUUUCAACAAGUCAGUCAAAUUCAAAAUAGCGUAAGCCCUGGAAUGUUUUCCUCAACAGAGCCAGCAGUCCAUACCAGACCAGAUAAUUUAAUAGCUGGAAGAGCUGAAAGUGUUCACCCACAGAAUGAAAACACAUUAUCUAAUCAACAACAGCAACAACAGCAACAGCAAGUGAUGGAAUCAUCAGCUGCAAUGGUGAUAGAGAUGCAACAGAGUAUCUGCCAGGCAGCUGCCCAGAUUCAGUCAGAGCUAUUUCCUUCAACUGCUUCAGCAAAUGGAAACCUUCAGCAGUCUCCAGUUUACCAGCAGACUUCUCAUAUGAUGAGUGCGUUAUCAGCCAAUGAGGACAUGCAAAUGCAAUGUGAAUUGUUUUCUUCUCCUCCUGCAGUUUCUGGAAAUGAAACUGCUACAACCACCACACAGCAGGUUGCAACUCCUGGCACUACCAUGUUUCAGACAUCAAGUUCAGCAGAUGGAGAAGAAACUGGAGCACAAGCAAAACAGAUUCAGAACAGUGUCUUUCAGACCAUGGUCCAAAUGCAACAUAGUGGGGACAGUCAACCUCAAGUUAGCCUUUUUUCAUCUACAAAAAGUAUGAUAAGCGUUCAAAAUAAUGGUACCCAGCAGCAAGGUAAUGGUUUAUUCCAGCAAGGUAAUGAGAUGAUGUCACUCCAAUCAGGGAAUUUUUUGCAGCAGUCUUCUCAUUCACAGGCUCAACUCUUUCAUCCUCAGAAUCCUAUUGCUGAUGCUCAGAACCUUUCCCAGGAAACUCAAGGUUCUAUUUUUCAUAGUCCAAGUCCUAUUGUCCACAGUCAGACUUCUACAACCUCCUCUGAACAAAUGCAGCCUCCAAUGUUUCACUCUCAAAAUACCAUGGCUGUGCUACAGGGCUCUUCUGUUCCUCAAGACCAGCAGUCAGCCAACAUAUUUCUUUCCCAGAGUACAAUGAAUAAUCUUCAAACUAACACAGUAGCCCAAGAAGAACAGAUUUCAUUUUUUGCAGCUCAGAAUUCAAUUUCUCCACUUCAGUCAACAUCAAACACUGAGCAGCAAGCUGCAUUCCAACAGCAGGCUCCAAUAUCACACAUCCAGACCCCUAUGCUUUCCCAAGAACAGGCACAACCCUCCCAGCAAGGUCUAUUUCAGCCUCAGGUUUCCCUGGGCUCCCUUCCUCCUAAUCCAAUGCCUCAAAACCAACAAGGAACAAUCUUCCAGUCACAGCACUCAAUGGUUGCCAUCCAGAGUAACUCUGCAUCCCAGGAGCAGCAGCAGCAGCAGCAGCAGCAACAGCAGCAACAGCAGCAGCAACAGCAGAGCAUUUUAUUCAGCAAUCAGAAUACCAUGGCUCCAAUGGCAUCUCAGAAGCAGCCACCACCAAACAUGAUAUUCAACCCAAGUCAAAAUCCAAUGGCUAAUCAAGAGCAGCAGAACCAGUCAAUUUUUCAUCAACAAAAUAAUAUGGCCCCAAUGAAUCAAGAACAGCAGCCCAUGCAAUUUCAGAACCAGCCCACAGUUUCCUCACUUCAGAACCCAGGUCCUGCCCAGUCCGAAUCAUCACAGACCUCCUUGUUCCAUAGCUCUCCUCAGAUUCAGUUGGUCCAAGGGUCACCCAGUUCUCAAGAACAGCAAGUAACACUCUUCCUUUCUCCAGCAUCCAUGUCUGCAUUGCAGAACAGUAUAAACCAACAAGACAUGCAACAGUCUCCCCUUUAUUCCCCUCAGAACAACAUGCCUGGAAUCCAAGGAGCCACAUCUUCACCUCAACCACAGGCUACUUUAUUUCACAACACUACAGGAGGCACAAUGAACCAACUACAAAAUUCUCCUGGCUCUUCUCAGCAGACUUCAGGAAUGUUCUUAUUUGGCAUUCAAAAUAACUGUAGUCAGCUUUUAACUUCUGGACCAGCUACAUUGCCAGAUCAGUUGAUGGCCAUAAGUCAGCCAGGCCAACCACAAAACGAGGGCCAGCCACCUGUGACAACACUUCUUUCUCAGCAAAUGCCAGAGAAUUCUCCACUGGCAUCCUCUAUAAACACCAAUCAGAACAUUGAAAAGAUUGAUUUGCUUGUUUCAUUGCAAAACCAAGGGAACAACUUAACUGGCUCCUUUUAACUGGAUAUAAAUUCCAUGAAGAAAAUCCUGAUUUCAAGAUACCCUGAGAUCUUGUGAUUCCAUGAGGAUUAUUGAACUGUUACUUUAAAAAGAAAACAAAAUAUGAAAAACUGUGAUUGAAUAAAUGGAUGGAUUUUACUCUGACUGCAAAAGAGCACACCUAUGCUGCCUAUUGCAGUGAUUAACCACCAUUGUUAACAUCUUUUUAUUUUAUAUUCCUAAUAACAGUGAUGACUGAGAAUCUAUUUGAGUUUCCAGCUGACAGAAUUAAUUGUUGCUAUUUUCCUAGGCAUUAUUUCUUUAAAAAUACAGUUUAAAUUGAUAAGCUGGAUCACUCAGUUAUUAUUGCUAUUAGAAAAUAAUUCAUGUUUCAUGUUUACUUUUGUUCUUCAUUCAGAUUAUCUUUCCUGCAUUUAGUCAAGUAGUGGCUUUUGAAAAAGAAAAGUUCAAAUCAUAACUUAGGCUGUGAUUUUUCAAUAUAAAAAGCACAGCUAUUGGCCAAAGUGAAGCAAUCUUUAUUCAGUUUUUAUAGAGAAACUGAAGGGGUAACAUUCUGACAGGUAAGCUGUAUUAAGAGCUCUACACAGAUAAGAGGACUCUUUAUCACAGACAACACACUUACAAACUGGGAACAGCUGGAAUGCUAUUGAUUUUAUUUUUCAGAGAGUUGUUAAUUCUCUGUGUUUCUGUUAAGGGUUUUAGCCAUAACUGUGCAUAGAAAAAUAUAAACAUCUUGCUCUAUUUAAAAAUGAAGGGGAUAAUAUAUGGUAAAUUAUGUUCUGAUAUCCUCCUACAAUAGUUAAAACUGACAGAGUAAUUCAAGUCUGUUUUCUUCUUAUCCCAGUCUUGAACUGGUAUUCCCUUUUUAUGUUCAGCGAUACUAUUCUUCUCCUCUUCUUCACUUUAUUUUAGACAAUUAGUAAUAUACUACUAGCUUUGUGAUCCUGUAGUAACUUAAAUGAAAAGACCACUUUGAUCUGGGGUAACCCAGCAACUCCUGCAGCACAGGCCGGGGGGUAUCCUUUCAGGAAUGAAGGGAGCUGACUCCUGAGAAACAAGAAACAAUGCAUUUUUUUUCCAUGAACGGUGCUGUUCUGAAGUCUUCAAAUUUUUCCCUCUAAUAGGAAACAGUGUAAAUGUUAAUCUGAAAAAAAAAGACAAACUAAAAUUUCUUGAAACAUCACUUCUCCCUGAGCUGCAGUGAGUGUAAUUCACUUGUCACCUCAGUGCUUUACAGUUUGAAGUGGUCACUUAUCUGAUGGUUCCCACAAGCCUUAGGCUUUACAGGGUCAUAUCAUUGACUUAAUAUAAAGAAUUAAUUUGUGUUACAUCUAUAGAGAGCAAAAUAACACACUCCAGAACUUGCAGUUGUAGCAUUAGUUAUACAGAUUUGGGUGUUCUCACCACCCAUGGGAUGCCUGCUUCUCUCUACAACCUGUUGUCUGGACACAUGCUUAUGUCUUACUCUCCUUCUGGCAUGUAGAAAGCUGUUAAUACAGUUUAAGGCCAAAUUGUGUGUGGCUUCUAUAUGUAGAUAAGAUGUUUUGGCAUUCUUGUCCGUUUCAUUUAUUUUUUAAGUGUACAAAAAAUAGCCUGUUAAUUGUUUGUUGAAGGCUACAAUUCUGUUUUUUAUUUUCAUUUUUUCUAUCCAAUACAUUUAGCUGAACUUUGUGGAAUUGUGGUGUUGGUUUUGUUUAUACAGUCAGAUUUUUCCCCCUUUUUGUGAUGGUCUUCCUUGGUUCUUUGUGCUCUUCUUUAAUUUGUUUGUUCUCUUUGUUCUCAUUUAUUCUUCCCUCCACCCCCAACCCUUUCUUUCUCUCUCUGAUUGAGAGGCAUUGAAUUAUGUUUUCAGUAGUACAGGCUUCUUGCCGAUAUGAAGGGAACUUUUCAGAAAGAGACCUACUCUGGGUCAUUUAAUUUUGAAUACAGUUUUCAAUCGUUCAAGUUUUGGAUGGUUUAUAUCUAAUGUGUGUUUCAUUUUUUUGGAAAGCUAUAUUUUGUAUUUAGGAAAUGGUAUACUAUUUUGCUAUUUGUACUGAGUGAGUACAUUGGCAUAAAUAUAGAAAAUUUAUAUAUAUACAUAUAUAUAAACUAUUCUUUUUUUGCCACACAUUUUUGUGGUAAAUUUGUGAGUUUGUCUGAUGUUCUACCACAACGUGGCGUCUGAUAAAAGUGAGGGGGGGUUUGUUAUGUCUCUAUUGAGUAUUUAAGUAUCUUUUGAAACAAAUGACCUUUUCAUCUGUGGCCAUUCCAUCAGGCGGUUCCUUGAUGUGAUUAGUGGGCUAAAAGGCAGCUCACUGUGUGUUCGCUGGAUCUUUCACUCAGCAAAACGUUAGAGUAAGGAAACCCAUCCAGGCAGUUGUGUCAAGUGGAGUUUCACAAGAAUGAGCCAUUCAGUCUUUGCUCACUAUAUAUUUAAUAUUUUAUUAUUGUUGUUAUUGUUAUUAAUUGGCUUUCUGUAGUCUAUGCCUUUUAUUUAUAAAGACACUAAAAAAAACCCAUGUUUGUAAUUUUAAUAACAUUUUCCCCAUCUUGUAAUAUCCAGAGCUACUUUAUAAAUUCUCUAAACCAAAAGCAUUUUCCUCAAUAUAUCUCUCUCUCCCCACCCCAUCAGGAAAAUUUACCCAGUAUAGUUCAGGGUAUGAGAAGGACCACACAAUCCAGUGCUUCAGUUUUAAAAUGUAAAACUCUUAACUGCAGAGGGUUGACUCAUGUCAGUAAGCUUAUCCACUGGUAUAAAAAUAAGAAGUAGAAAUAAAAUGCUGUAAGUUUAUUUCUGAGUUUUCUGAAUUUUUUCCCAGGAGAUUAUACAGGAGACUCAGGAAGUCUAUUUGUUCAUCAGGUUCCAGUUAGAAUGUUAACACUGCUGUAUGGAUAAAGUGGUGGCAAGAAGUCUGGCUUGGGUGCUGACUUCUGUUAUUUAGCAAGAAGUUUAUCAUUGUAAAAUGCUGAUUGCCAAUGCCAAGUCACCAGGGACCAAUUUUCUGUUUUAUAGUAUCUAAGUUUAGAACAGAACAUACACCUGAACUGUAGUGGUUUGAUUGGAUGGAGGCAGAAAACCCAAUUUUUAUUUUCAUAAGUUUUGUGGUUAUUUGUACAAGGGCUGUGCUAAGAUACCAUAUUCUUAUUCAAUAAUGAUGGAUUUUUUUUUUUUUACAUUGUUAAGUGUUCCUUACCCCUAAAAGGUCAAUGUUAAGUAUAGCAUUCAGAACAUACUAUUUGGUUACAAAAAGUGUUCGUCUUAUUGAAGAGUUAGCUUAGUAGUCAGUGGUUGAUACUUGUGCUAAUAACGCAGUUUCAAGAUUACUGUUACAAGUUAUAUCUACAUAUAGGAGAGACUCCAUGAGCCAACAGAGGCCUUGGAAACAACAAUUUAUUAAAUUUACUUAUGGCAGAAGGACCUAAAUAAACUAUAAACCACAUUUUAUUCCUUUUUAUUGUUACAUUCAAUUGUUCUUGCUUUUAGCAACUCACAUUAAUGCUUGGAGCUUACCUGUGUGUCUGCAUGAGUGUGCGUGUGUGUGUGUGUGUGUGUUUUAUUCCUUAUUGUCAUUCCAUUAUAUAUCCACACCAACAUGGGAGAAAAUAAUUAGAAGUCAUAUUUUGCUUCUGAGCUUUAUCAUGUUACCUUACUCUAAUUACAAAUAGAGUAUCAUGUUGUUAUGUAACCAAUGCAAAUCUGUUUUCGCCAGUCUCCCUAGAACAGGUUUUUAAAGGGCUUUGUUUAUUAAAGAAGCAGUAUUAAUGAGGGACCUUCCUUCCUUUCUUUUUUUUGUAAUACUGUAUAUGCUGUAGUUGGGAAUUUCAUUAUAGUGCAUUUCUUGCCCAUCAGAACCUCAGUUAAUCUGCCGAGGAAAAAUUGUGUCAAAGGGAAUGAGAAAAGAAGUUAUAUUUGAGUCCCUCCAGAACUAAGAUAAUAAUUCCUUUUGACCAUUUAAGCCAUUAUAGAUGCUUAUUUUGGAAAAGUGAAAUCUGUUUAGAUGCAUCAACAAUUAUAGACCAGAAAUUAAAUGCUUUAAUAAUCAAAAUCUCAAAUUCAGCAUGGUUUAUAAAUAUUCACUAGGAGUAAUUUGAGAAUGUUUCAUCUUUCUGGUGAGAAUUUCUGUUCUAGUAUCUGUUUUCCAGUUGAUUUUUUUUCUAAUUAAUUGAAAAUUAUAUGAGACCUUUUAGCUUUACUCUGCUUCAUGACCACAGGCUUCAUCCCUAACCAAGACAGCCACAUUAUAUCUGCAUGCCUUUGGUUAUAUGGAGAGCCUUAAUGAGAGAGAGAGAGAGACUGUAUAUCGUUCAUCAGCUUUAGAAUCUCACAACAUGUAUUAAAAAAAGGUUUUCUUCUCUGCUUAUUUGUGUCACUAGAGCUAUAUCAUGAAGAUAAUGUUCAUACUGUAGUAAAUAUCAGAAUAAUACCUAGAAUAUCAUUUGCGAAUUGUCCCAGUACUCUAAUUACUUCUUUAAUCCCCAUUUGUUUUCGUGUCAUUCUAGCCUCAUUUAUUAAUAAAAUUCUAUUUUUACUCCACUUUCU